AAGGAAAUAGAAAAACAAAAUCUCUCCGCUCUUCCUCUUCCUCUUCCUCUACCUCUUGAGGUAGGAAAAAUCUGAGAUUUAAAAACCCUAAUUAAAAAAAAAAAAAAUCUCUAUUUGUGAGAUUAGGGCUUCCUGUGGGGAAUGCAGAGAGAUGAGAGGAGCUUUGUUAACAAAGAGUGAACUUUGUUGCCGCGCCAAACGGUGCAUCGGCGGCAGAAAUUGCCACCGGAAACACGUUGAAGACGGGUGAUCCGAUCGCUCACAAGGGAAAAAAUUAUUCAUUACUCAUUUCUUAUUUCUCUCAUAUUUUCUUUGUUGUUCUCUCUUUCGUAUAUACAUAUAAACACAAUCUUUUCAAGAGUUUUGUCGCGGAUAUUCAGAGAUGGCAGAAAGAAGCAAAGAUAGCCACUCCAGCCAGCUCCUCCAUGGUAAAUACGAGCUCGGUCGGUUACUCGGACACGGCACUUUUGCUAAAGUGUACCACGGGCGUAACUUGCAAACCGGAAAGAGCGUGGCGAUGAAAGUUGUUGGAAAGGAGAAAGUGAUAAAGGUCGGAAUGAUGGAGCAAGUGAAAAGAGAAAUAGCGGUUAUGAAGAUGGUGAAACAUCCGAACAUCGUCGAGUUACACGAGGUCAUGGCGAGUAAGUCCAAGAUUUACUUCGCCAUGGAACUCGUUAGAGGCGGCGAGUUGUUUUCGAAGAUUGCCAAAGGCAGAUUGAGGGAGGACGUUGCUAGAGUUUAUUUCCAACAGUUAAUCUCAGCCGUUGAUUUUUGUCACAGCCGUGGCGUUUAUCACCGUGAUUUAAAGCCUGAAAAUCUUCUCCUUGACGAGGAUGGUAACUUGAAGGUUACUGAUUUCGGCCUCAGUGCUUUCGCUGAGCAUCUGAAGCAAGACGGAUUGCUGCAUACUACGUGCGGCACUCCUGCAUAUGUUGCACCGGAAGUGAUUGGGAAGAAAGGUUACGAUGGAGCCAAAGCAGAUCUCUGGUCUUGUGGUGUUAUUCUUUACGUUCUUCUUGCUGGUUUCUUGCCUUUUCAAGACGAUAACAUAGUGGCUAUGUAUCGAAAGAUUUAUCGAGGCGACUUUAAAUGUCCACCGUGGUUCUCAUCUGAAGCGCGCAGAUUGAUCACCAAGCUGCUCGAUCCGAAUCCUGCUACUCGAAUUACAAUCAGCAAAAUUAUGGAUUCAUCGUGGAUUAAAAAAUCAGUGCCGAAAACUGUAACGAGUAAGGAGGAAAUGGAGUUUGAUGCGUUCAAUGGGGACAAAUCAAAGCAGCCUGAAACUUUAAACGCUUUUCAUAUUAUCUCUUUAUCCGAAGGGUUUGAUUUGUCACCGUUGUUCGAAGAGAAAAAGAGGGAGGAGAAAGAGGAGUUGAGGUUCGCCACAACGAGGCCAGCAAGCAGUGUGAUAUCAACAUUAGAGGAGGUUGCUAAGGCUGGGAAAUUCAGCGUAAAGAAGAGCGAAACCAAAGUGAGGAUGCAGGGUCAAGAGAGUGGAAGAAAAGGUAAAUUAGCUAUAGCUGCUGAGAUAUUCGCUGUCACGCCGGCGUUUUUAGUGGUGGAGGUCAAGAAAGAUAACGGCGACACUCUUGAAUACAAUCAAUUCUGUAGCAAAGAGCUUAGACCUGCUCUUAAGGACAUCCUGUGGACUUCCCCUGCUGAUAAUUCUACCAUUGCUUGAACUUGGAAAUUGCUUACUGUUUGUAGUUGGUAUUUUGUUAUUGUCGUUGAUGAAUGUUUGUUGCUUGAAAUUGACAUGGAAGUAGAGGUGGUCUUCUUAAUUUCUAUUCGCUUUUGUCUGAUUUAGUGUUUUGUGUCUCUUGAUUCCACAGGACAUGCUCUGUGAAUCAUUCAUCAGCUUUAAUUAUUAUUAUUUUUUGAUUGUUGGUAAUGUUCAAAGUUGGAUUAGUCUACUUUCUUUUGUAA